CUCCGGGCGGAAGCGACGCCGCGGUUCCGGCUCCGGGGCAGCGGCUGCGCGGAGCCGUUGUCGGCGGCGCCGUUGGAUCCCCGCAGAGCCGGCCCCGGGCCCGGCUGCGCUCCCGCCGCAGCCAUGGCGGUCCCCAGCGCCCUCAUGAAGCAGCCGCCCAUCCAGUCCACGGCAGGCGCCGUGCCCGUCCGCAACGAGAAGGGCGAGCUGUCGAUGGAGAAGGUGAAAGUGAAGCGGUAUGUGUCCGGGAAGCGGCCCGACUACGCGCCCAUGGAGUCCUCGGACGAGGAGGACGAGGAGUUCCAGUUCAUCAAGAAGGCGAAGGAGCAGGAGGUGGAGCCCGAGGAGCAGGAGGAGGAGCUCGCCAACGACCCUCGGCUCCGGCGCCUCCAGAACCGCAUCGCCGAGGAUGUGGAGGAGCGGCUGGCGAGACACCGCAAAAUCGUGGAGCCUGAAGUGGUUGGGGAGAGCGACUCGGAGGUGGAGGGGGAUGCGUGGCGCCUGGAGCGGGAGGACACCAGCGAGGAGGAGGAGGAAGAGAUCGAUGAUGAGGAGAUCGAGCGCCGGCGCGGGAUGAUGCGGCAGCGAGCACAGGAGAGGAAGACGGAGGAGAUGGAGGUGAUGGAGCUGGAGGAUGAGGGUCGGUCCGGAGAGGAGUCUGAGUCAGAGUCCGAGUACGAGGAGUACACAGACAGCGAGGACGAGAUGGAGCCACGCCUCAAGCCCGUCUUCAUCCGCAAGAAGGACCGGAUCACAGUGCAGGAGCGAGAAGCAGAAGCCCUGAAGCAGAAGGAGCUGGAGCAGGAGGCAAAGAGGAUGGCGGAGGAGAGGCGCAAAUACACACUGAAGAUCGUAGAGGAGGAAGCCAAGAAGGAGCUGGAGGAGAACAAGCGCUCACUGGCAGCCCUGGAUGCACUUGACACGGAUGAUGAGAAUGACGAGGAGGAGUACGAGGCCUGGAAAGUGCGUGAGCUGAAGCGCAUCAAACGGGAUCGUGAGGAGCGGGAAGCCAUGGAGAAGGAGAAGGCAGAGAUCGAGCGCAUGCGGAACCUGACGGAGGAGGAGCGGCGUGCUGAGCUCCGGGCCAACGGCAAGGUCAUCACCAACAAGGCCGUGAAGGGCAAGUACAAGUUCCUGCAGAAGUACUACCACCGCGGAGCCUUCUUCAUGGAUGAGGACGAGGAGGUGUACAAGAGGGACUUCAGCGCCCCGACCCUCGAGGACCACUUCAACAAGACGAUCCUGCCCAAAGUGAUGCAGGUCAAGAACUUUGGGCGCUCAGGACGAACAAAAUACACACACUUGGUAGACCAAGACACGACCUCCUUUGACUCAGCCUGGGGCCAGGAGAGCGCGCAGAACACCAAGUUCUUCAAGCAGAAGGCAGCAGGCGUACGGGACGUCUUUGAGAGACCCUCAGCCAAGAAGCGAAAAACCACUUAAGACAGGGGCAGGAGGGGGCUGAGGGCGGGCAGCAGCACGCUGCCAGCAGCCUGGGCACAGACAGACACGACACAGCGCUGUGCCGGGACUUGUGUGGUGACAGGAGCCCUCCCUCUGCCCUGUGCCACCCCUGACUGCCUGCAGAGUCCUGCUCCGCACGCUGCAGCGGCCUCGGUGGGCCCUUGCCCAGGUGCCACAAGGGACAGUGGCCUGCCCAUGCUGGCCAGGCCUGUGGCCACAUUGCCACCACCAGCAGCUGCCCCGAGAGCCCAGCAGGGUUGGGAGUAAGCACAGCAACAUCCCCUGGCUGCAGUACCCGCCUUUGGAGGAUCCGAUGGACUUGUGUGUACCUGUCUGCUCCACAGCAUCUCCCUACAGCUUGUCCUUUCCCUGUUGUCAGCUCAGGCCCUUUUUGGUGACCAUGGAGCAGUGCUGGCCCUGUCUGCUCACUCUGCUUCUGCAGGGACGGGCUUUUCUACCUGGGGGGGUGUGAUUAAAGUGGUCGUUUUCUUACA